AUGGCUGCGGCGGACCGGCCCCCUGUUAGGGAAGGGAUCCGGAUAGUUUUUCUGUGUGUGGGCUGGUACACGGUCAGCUCGGGGGGAAACAUCGUCAACAAAAUCAUCCUCAAUGGAUUCCCGUACCCGGUCACAGUCUCUCUGUUUCAUAUCAUCUCUAUCGUCGUUUUCCUCCCGCCGUUGCUGCGGGCAUGGGGAGUCCCCAAAACAGAACUGCCGAGCAGGUACUACCGGUGGUACAUUCUGCCUUUAGCUUUCGGAAAAUACUUUGCAUCUGUGUCGGCGCACUUCAGCAUAUGGAAAGUACCUGUUUCAUAUGCGCACACCGUCAAAGCUACAAUGCCAAUAUGGGUUGUGCUGUUAUCAAGAAUUAUCAUGAGGGAGAAGCAAACCACAAAGGUGUACGUAUCGCUCAUCCCCAUCAUUGGAGGAGUGCUGCUGGCCACGGUGACUGAGCUGUCCUUUGAUGUUUCAGGACUAAUCAGCGCUCUGGCUGCGACGCUCUGCUUCUCUCUGCAGAACAUCUUCUCCAAAAAGGUGUUGCGUGACACAAGGGUCCACCACCUGAGGCUCCUCAACAUCCUGGGCUUUAAUGCUGUUAUCUUCAUGCUGCCCACCUGGGUUCUGGUGGAUCUGUCUGUGUUUCUUGUCAAUGGAGAUCUGUCCGACAUCUCAGGAUGGACAAGCACCUUCAUCCUCCUGCUCAUCAGCGGCUUCUGCAACUUCGCACAGAACGUCAUUGCCUUCAGCGUGCUGAACCUCGUCAGCCCGCUCAGCUAUGCCGUUGCCAAUGCCACCAAGAGGAUCAUGGUCAUUAGCAUCUCGUUGCUAAUGCUGCGCAACCCAGUCACCCUUACAAAUGUCCUGGGUAUGAUGACGGCCAUAGUUGGCGUCUUCCUCUACAACAAGGCCAAGUAUGACGCUAACAAGGAGAAGAAGCUGCUGCCAAGCACCAAGCAGGACCUGAUGUCCUUUGACAACCUGGCGCUGGAGAAGAUCCAGGCCAAUGGGUCAGUGCCUUUCUCCCACGGCUCAGAGCAGCAGCACAACUGGAACAACGUGCUGACCGACCACUUCCAGUACAGCCGGCAGGCCUACACGACAAACUACAACAGCAACCACCAGUACGUGGUGUAAAGGAGGAGUCUGUCUCCACUCUGGGUGGCUGUCAUAGACAUUAACUGUGUGUAGCCGCCCCCCGCCCCCACACACACACACACAGCAGCAGGACACAGCCCCGCUCCAAACACGAGACUGAAGGCAAGUGCUGUUUGUUCUGGAUAGGAAGAAUGAGAUGGCCAGUGACGUGACCUCUCCCACGCUCCCCCCUGUCUGAACUUCACUUUCUGACGGCUUCGCUGUAUCUCAUUUAUUUAUUUGUUUGGUACCGACUGUAUGGGAUGGUUUGAGAGGAAACUUAAAUCACCUGUUGUCAGAAAUUUUGGUGACGGAUUCAGCCAUGUUGUCCAGACACAGAAAUGUGCACAGCAGGUGGAAACGUAAAAGGUAGUUCAUGAAUGAUUGCACCUUACUAUCUGGAAAUGUCUGGGUUUUUUUUUUUUUCACAACCAGCCAUAAUUUGUUUUGGAUUAUAUUUGUUCACUUUCAUCGGAAAGAAUGUCAGCUGUAAUUAUUUAAUAUGAACGCUAACUUGCGCCGAAACAGCAGUCAUCUUACAUUUUGUAACAAACGCAUCUCAGUGGAAGGCCUUAAAGGUAUACUAUGCAGGAUUAUCCUACAAAACAAGACUCGUACAGAAGUAAUCCCUCUCAGUCCUCACUUAUGACCCAGUAGAGAGACUCCGACCUCUGCAUGUAUUUGUUUGGACUUUAAUAAAAAGGAAGCUGCGAAAAUCCUGGACACAGCGCCUAAAAAAACAAAUAGAUCGAGACGAAACAUCAAGCGGACAAAGCUUGCUCCCAAAUAAGAGUGAAUCUGGGGCUGGCUUCCACUUUCCCUGGCAGUGUUUCCAAACAUUAACAGACAUUUCCUGCAUAGUAUACCUUUAACAUUUUGGUUUUAGGCAGAUCAUAUUUAAGAGUGACAUUUUUCUUCAUGAGGCACCUGUAAUGAUGUGAGGAGAAGCAAUCUGAAUUGUUUUCUUCAGUGAAUUAAAACGCAUUCCACUUUACAAAAGCUGAAGGCAGAUGAGACUUUGGGAAGUUGUGGUUUUGUAGAUUUUAUGCAACAGUAAAAUAAUCUGAUCAGACUUCCAUAGGCUUUUGCACCAUGCUAGCGGCAAAUACUCUAUUCAUGGUCCUCAGAGGAGGAACCUUGUUAACUUUGGUGGUCUCACGACUUUUCAUUUUACCUUUUAUAUUGAUUGUCAUGAAAUUUGGAUCAUUCAUUUCCCCCUGAGGAUAAACUAUAAUCAGAUUUGGUGAUCGUCUGACGUUAUAUCCAGCGCCAUCCUUAGGUCAGAAUUUCCAUUUGUCCACUAUCUUGGUUGAUAACUAAAUUCCUGCAGAUCUAAUUCCCAUCAGCCUUAGCUUUACUUGUGUUUGGUGCUUUAUUUAGUGCUAUAGUGUUAGCAUACUAGCUAUACCAACACAGUGGUGAUCGUCAGCAUGUUAGCAUGGUAACAGUUGUGUUCUGACUGCACUCACGAACAAUGUGGCUCAGAAUUACAAGUGCCUGAUGAAGAAGAAAAUGCCCUCAUUUCAAAAUAAAGUUUUAAAAAAAAGUCAGUUCAUUGUGUCUGCAACAAAGUGAUGCUUGUAAACUUGUUGGACACACAGAUCAGUAAAAUUCAGUCACACUUGUUGUCAGCAAGUGUUUGGACUGCCACUAUCAUAGGCCGUUUCAACACAAACACACACACACAGCCUGUUUGUCUUUGAACUAAGGUAAACUUUCAGAGUGAGACUAGUUCUGUCACACAGAACAGUCAAUGACCUCCAUCAGAUCUGUCCUUUCCCCUAAGAUAACAAAUAAGUUUGUUUAUCAUGGAGCGUAAAUGUAAAAAGUAAAAAUUAGAUUUACCAAAACAAGGCAUCCUGUCAGUAUACGUACUGUAAGGAUGCCCAUGUUUCUUUGUUCUUAGGGAGUCUAACCAUGUUAAAUGUAAUAAAGAUGCUAAAAUUAUUUUGCUGUCAUAGUUUGAAGUUAAAGAAUCGAUUUAAAACGAUCCCUAGUUUUUUCUCAAUUGAUGAUGUUUGUAUUUAUUGAUCUGCAAAGCUUCUCAGGCAGAGAGAGAUCUUCUCUCCUGUCAGGCGUUUUUUUUCAGCCUGAACCAAAGCUGCUCUGUCAUGUCUCUGUUUUUUAAACAGAGGUGCGGUUCGAGUUUGCACAUCAUGAAACAACUGUAUGUGUCAUGCAGAUUGUGACUGUCUGUCAGGUGACUUUAAAGUCCCGGUGUUUUAAUGUAAAGUGUUUCUGCAACAUUGCUGUCAGACGGUCACUGGACAGAUUCAAAAUGAGACAUGCAUGAAAUCACAGGUUUGGUUUGUGCAUUUAAAGAUUCAACUGUAACUUUAGCGGGGGAGAGGUUUGAUUGGCAUUAUUGAUUACACUGUCUGCAACUAAUCAUUUAUUAAUGAAAAGCCUUUUUCUACUGCUUGAAGAACGAUUUAAUUUAGUAAAGAUCAGUCACUUGCUUUUCUCACUGCAGCAAUAUAAAGUUUUUAUGUUCUUUUUGUUUUUUAGCGAUGCAAAUGUCUCCACAUCUGAAAUCAACGUUGUGUUUCUGCUCAUAUAUUUUGUUGGAACAACGCACGUUCAUUGAAUUUUUGUAAAAGUGCCAGUUGUAGCCUGUGAGCUUGUUUUUUCAGCUGUAGUCCCCGGUAGAUGUGGAUAAGGGGAUAAUGUGGUUAUAUUCUUAUAAUAUGGCUUUUUUUAGUGUGCCGUGUUUGUCGUCUUUGACAAAUUUAAAAUACUGUCACAGUAUUUAGUCUGGAGGAAAACCCCCCAAGAGCUCUGUGGGGUUGGUGUGCUCCAGGCUUCCCACAGACAAACUGAUAUCAAUAAUUGUCCUAUUUUUAUUUAUAGAGAGAACUAGCUCUUAGCGCUGAGAUAGAUUGUAGCCAACAUAGUUUGUAGGAUCUUGGGAACAUGCAGCUGCUCUGUUUUUCUCCAGCGGGGAGGGGAAAUCACCUCCCCCUGUUUUACAGUAAUUGACUAGAAAACAUCUGAUAUCAUGAAGUGGAUUUCAACAGCCUGGGGAUUAUUACUACCUUAUUCAAAUGAUUUUUUUUUUUUUUUUGUUUGUUUACUGCUGCUGUAGUUGUAUGUGUGUUUACUGUUGUACACUUUGAGGCUGUAAUUUGUGGUGUCGGACUGCGUUAGAUUAAGAAAUAUAAGCAGAAAUAUCAGAAACUUGUUAAAAUGUAACAAAGGGCACGAUGACGCCACAAACUGCCGCCUCAAAAAGGAUAAAGGAAUCAAAACCCUCUAAAUGUCAGCAUUGAUUAAAAUUAUACAUUUCAUAAAGUUAGCUUUUAUGUUUUGUUUUCAGUCAACCUCAAAACUUCAUCACCGACUUUUCCUAUAUUAAAAUUGAGUUACAUUGUAAUAUUAAAGAGUCAUGAUGCCGUAGCAGCAGAGAGUUAACACCCAUCUCUGCAGCUCUAUGAUUGUCUGGAUUUACAGCCACACAGAUCCUGUGUAGUUAAAUAUUAAUGUUCUCAUCAGCUCUCUGCAAGCAGCCGUUUAAAGCGCCUGAGAUAAACCACACGUGUUACCUUCCCAACAUCAAUCGGCAGACAAAUUUACAGAGUGGCUGCAGAACAAAGUGAAGCAUUUAACAGUUUAAACACCAGAUAUUUAAAAGAAGUUGGUGGAGACCAAAAUUGAGCUUAAAGAAGAGUGAGUACUAUUCGUCAGGCGGCCAGAAACAUUAAGAUGUUUAUUUCACUUUAAGAUUUUAGUUUCUACUACUGCUAUGUGAAGGAGCAGAUGUCAAAAUAUACUGCUUUAUGAGCACCUGUCUCGAUAGAUUACUAAACACUAAGCAAUCAUGACUUGACUCUGUAAUUCAUUUAUAUGCACAGAACAGCUUUGUUCUUGAACUUUUGUCUCCAGCAGGUGGAUCCUUGAUAACUUAGAAAGCUGAUAGUUGCCUCAUGUAAAUAUCAAAGUGAAAAACUGCUCUCUUAAAUCAUCGCAGAUGCUUUUAGAAACAAUCGAAAUUGGCUUGUUGUUGACAUAUUUUAAUACAGAUAACAUUUUAUGGCUAAAAUAAAAUGGACACUUCACCUGCAUAUCAGGUUGGUGCGAUAAAUCAGGUGAAUUGUGACAUAUCCUGCACCCCUGCAUGAUUAGAUAUGUGAAGAACAGGAAAUCCGUCGUCCAUGUGAGGGGUGAGUAUAUUCUAGAAAUCAAAACUUACCAACAGCUGAGAAAUGUGUUUACAUGUUAAAUAGCAGCGACGACAAAACAAAAGUACUUGAUAAGAAACAACACAAUCCUUUUGAUAGGUUAAGAAUGUAAUACUCACAUGUAGCCUGCAGAGAAAUAACAGAUCACGUCACAUCUGAACCUCCUGUCUCACUGUCCACUGCCACAGCUAUGUUUUUAGACUCUCUGAUUUCUCAUGUUGCCAAAAGCAGUUUGCAAUAAGUGUAAUCUUUUUAAUGCUGAUACACGACAAGAUGGAGGCCGUGUUUACGGGUGGGCAAGAUGUAAAAAUUCCUAAACUACAACAUGUUGUAGUUUAGGAAUUUCCCUCAUGAUUUUGUUUUCCUGUGUCAUGCUGGCUGUUUGUUUCUGCACAGUGAGCAAACUGGGAGAAAACUGUUAAUUUGGACACUUUUAACUGGGACGUAAAUGUUAAUGAAUACAGAAAGGAGGGACUUAAUUUGUAAAACUUAUUAUUUUUGUGUGUUUGAUGCAUCUCGAGGCAGACUUUUUACUUAAAUGAUGUUUAUAGAUUUUUAUUUAUGGUGUCAAGGUACAAAAAUGUGCUGCAGUGCACAGUCUUGUCUGCUUAUAUGUUUAGUAAAUGCUAUUUUUAAAUGUUGGGGAUUUUGGGGGUGGGGGAAUAAAUGCAUUAUGGGAUA